AUGUUCGUUUCCAAGAAAUUGAUAACAUCAAAAAAAGAUCUUGAAAUUGGUAUAACUGCCAUAUUUGGAAUGCAAUCUUUGACCAAAAACUUGACACUAAAUGCAGUGGCAAUUGUUAGAAAUGAAAAUACAGGCAGAUCAACUUUGAUACAAAAAAGAAAAUAUGACGAACUUCAUAAAGUUGGUUUCAGAAAUGGUUGGAUUUUUCAAGACAUUGUAUUAGUUAGCGCAUAUCUUGAAGGUAUCCAAAUUAUUAAAGAGUUAACUCUUUUCGUUGAACCUAAGAAA